GCGCUGCUGCUGGGGGCGCUGCACGCGGCGCCAGCGCGCGGCCAGGAGUACGACUACUACGGCUGGCAGGCAGAGCCGCUGCACGGCCGCUCGUACUCCAAGCCACCGCAGUGCCUCGACAUCCCCGCCGACCUGCCUCUCUGCCACACAGUGGGCUACAAGCGCAUGCGGCUGCCCAACCUGCUAGAGCACGAGAGCCUGGCCGAGGUGAAGCAGCAGGCGAGCAGCUGGCUACCGCUGCUGGCGAAGCGCUGCCACUCGGACACGCAGGUCUUCCUCUGCUCGCUCUUCGCGCCUGUCUGCCUCGACCGACCCAUCUACCCGUGCCGCUCUCUGUGCGAGGCGGUGCGCGCCGGCUGUGCACCGCUCAUGGAGGCCUACGGCUUCCCCUGGCCCGAGAUGCUGCACUGCCACAAGUUCCCUCUGGACAACGACCUCUGCAUCGCUGUGCAGUACGGGCACCUGCCCGCCACUGCGCCUCCAGUGACCAAGAUCUGCGCCCAGUGUGAGAUGGAGCACAGUGCUGACGGCCUCAUGGAGCAGAUGUGCUCCAGCGACUUUGUGGUCAAAAUGCGCAUCAAGGAGAUCAAGAUAGAGAAUGGGGACCGGAAGCUGAUUGGAGCCCAGAAGAAGAAGAAGCUGCUCAAGCCGGGACCCCUGAAGCGCAAGGACACCAAGCGGCUGGUGCUGCACAUGAAGAACGGCGCUGGCUGCCCCUGCCCACAGCUGGACAGCCUGGCGGGCAGUUUCCUGGUCAUGGGCCGCAAGGUGGACAGACAGCUGCUGCUCAUGGCUGUCUACCACUGGGACAAGAACAACAAGGAGAUGAAGUUUGCGGUCAAAUUCAUGUUCUCCUACCCCUGCUCCCUCUACUACCCCUUCUUUUAUGGAGCUGCAGAACCCCACUGA